AUGGCCUCCACAAUCUUCGCCAAUGCCCGCAUCUUUACCCCAACCACCAACAACCCAUCCGGGUACGAAUUCCACCAAACAAUGCUCAUAAACAGAGACCAAAUCCAAUACGUCGGAUCCCCAAGCCACGACGCAAUCAAACAAGCCAAAGCCUCUGGCGCCCAUGAAAUCGACCUACAAAACAAGAUCGUGGUCCCAGGUUUCAUAGACAGCCACAUGCACAUCAUCGACUUCGCUCUAUCACAGCGCAAGCUAAAUCUCCUCUCAUGUAAAUCACUAGAUGAGAUACGACAAGCCAUCAAAUCUUUCGCGAAAGCUCAUCCCACCGAGCCCCGGAUUGUCUGCAAGGGCUGGAUCCAGUCUACCACCGGUGGACAGGCGUUGGCGAGUAUGUUGGAUGAUCUGGAUCCGAGGCCGAUGUAUAUCCAUGCCAAUGAUAUGCAUUCAGGGUGGUGCAAUACUGCUGCAUUAGAGGAGUUGGGGGCUGCGAAGUUGGCAGAUCCACCUGGUGGGACGAUUCAUCGGGAUGCAAAUGGGAGGCCGUCGGGGUUGUUGAGUGAGAUGGCUCAUUUGGGGAUUGUGCCGCAGUUUUUGACCAAGGUAACUCCGUUGGAGGAUAAACUGGCUGCAUUAGAUGAGGCGGCGGAGGCCUAUACGGCCGCUGGGUAUACGGGGAUGAUUGAUAUGGGGAUGGAUGAGGUUGAGUGGGAGGUGUUGAGGACGUGGCGUCAGCGUCGUGGUGAGAGCUUUCCGUUUCAUAUCGCAGCGCAUUGGGUCAUUCCGUAUAACCAGGACCGGAAUGUGGUGUUUGGUGUUGUUGAUCAAGCGAUCGCGAUGCAUCGGGAAUAUAAUCAGACUACCUCCCCGGCUUUCUGUGUUAUGGGGAUUAAAUUGAUGUGCGAUGGUGUUGUUGACGGAUGUACGGCCGCAUUGACAGAUCCGUACAAUGGCUCGGAGAACCCAGUUGAUCCUAUCUGGCCGACGGAUCUUCUUCAAGCGGUCGUUAAGAAGGCUGAUGCGGCCGGGUUGCAGAUCGCUAUCCAUGCGAUUGGAGAUAAAGCCGUUAAGAACGCUAUCGAUGCCCUGUCUCAAGCACAGCCAGGGCGUCGCCAUCGCGUCGAGCAUCUCGAGCUAACAUCUCCUGAGGAUGCAAAGCGCCUUGGGCAAUUGGGCAUCACGGCAUCGGUUCAACCAGUGCAUUCGGACCCUGCUCUGUUCCGUGCGUGGCCGGAGCUGAUCGGAAAGCAUCGCUGUAGCCGCGCAUUUGCCUACCGUGAGUUCCUCGAUGGCGGCGCCCCAAUUGCCUUUGGAACAGACUCACCAACGGCGGCUCAUCCGGCCUUGCCUAAUCUAUACAAUGCCACGACACGAAAGUCGGCUAUCGAGCCCGAGUGUACGGAAACGGUCAACCCUCACUUUGUACUGCCGUUAGCUGCCGCUGUCAGUGCGGCCACGACAGGGGCAGCCUAUUCACGCUGGGCGGAAUCAUGGACAGGGUGUUUGAAGGCUGGGCUGAGUGCGGAUUUCGUAGUCCUGGAUAUGGAUUGGGAAGCGGAGAGCUUACUCAAGGCCAAAGUAGAGCAAACAUGGGCUCGAGGACGAAAGACAUUUCAUGCAAGUGCAGACCCCAGACAAUGA